AUGCCUCACAACUCAAAAGCCACCAACACCAAUUCUCGAAAAUUGAAGAUUCUCAUGUUGCAUGCAAAAACCCAACGUGUCAAGAAACUGCUUGAGAAAUCCCUCGCCAGUUUACCCAUCAAGACUGACCCUCCGAUCAAUGGCAUCGACCUCUUCUACCCCACCGGUCCUUUCAGAGUCUCUUCUGCCGACAUGAACGGAGCAGAAGUCAGAGAAGACGCAAACGGCUGGUGGAAGUUGCGAGAACGCGGUGAACCACAAGAUGGCGUGAUCGAAGGACUGGAAACGGUAGCGAAAGUGCUGCGAGAAAACGGGCCUAUGGAUGGUGUCAUGGGUUUUAGUCAAGGAGCUGCUUUGACUGCUAUGGUGGCCUCUCUGCUUGAAGUUGGACGAGCAGAUGCGUUUGCUAAGGUUGCAGGAGGUAUGGAAUUUCCGGAGUCGUUUGCUCAACUGCAGCAUCCAUCGCUCAAGUUUGGUGUUUGCUUCUCGGGGCUGUUGAAUAAGCAUGAUGCAUAUACUGCUUUCUACGAGCCCAAGAUUCAGACGCCGAUACUGCAUGUCUUGGGUAGUAUGGAUACUAUUGUGGAGGAAAGCGAGUCUUUGGCUUUGGCGGAGCGCUGUGUGGAUGGAGAUGGCAUGAUCAUCAGACAUGCUGGUACGCAUACUGUGCCGAGCAGUGAGAGGGACAUCGCAGCUGUCAUACAGUUUAUCCGAAACGUGUAUCCUGGUGGAAAUGCGCCUAGCAAGAAAGAUGAAGAAGAAGAUGUCUUGGACAUGGAUAUGCCUUUUUAG